ACUACCACUAAGGGACAGAACCGUGAAGAUGAUGAUAUGAUUCGGUUUCAACUGGAGACGCUUCUUGCCUUGAAGGCUCGCUUGGCAGGUGAGAAUGAGGUAUAUGCUAGGGAAAACCGUUUUCUAAGGGAGAUUGUGGAGUACCAUCAGCUGACAAUACAGGAUGUAGUGUACCUGGAUGAUGGCAUCGCCGAAGUCCCAGAGGUUUAUGACAGCUCGAGUGGGGUGUCCCGGAUAACGUCUUUCAACCCAUCACCAUCAGAAUCACCUCUUCGAGUGGUUAUUCGGAAAUCAGAAAGUUCACCUAUUCUCCCAAAUGAGAUGUUAACUGUGAUAGAAAAAGAUAGUAAGAGUGCAUCAGAAAAUGAGGCUCCUCUUCCUAGGGUCUCAGCUUCUCCAAAGUGAUAUAUCUGUUCUCCUUCAAACAAUAGCAUUUAGUUUAGAUGGGGUUCUUCUUGUUUAGAAUCAAGGAAAAUGCAUGUUUUUCUUUUUUGUAGCAUUUAUUAAUUUGUUUCUAUUUUUUACCACUAUGAGGAAGAGGCUGGGUGAUAUUUCAAGAAACUACACAU